AAGCAUGUGCUUAAAUGCCUCGACAAUUGUCCUGUUGAGGUUAUUUGCUGCUUCUUCAAUCGCUCAUGGCAUUUUAUAGAUAUAUAUUGCAGAGGGUUCACCCGAAAGGCAGUGGAAUGGGCUAUUUGCAAGCAGAAAAGUCAUUGCACUGUUUCUCAAAGUGCAAUAAUGAGCAUCGAGGCAGUUCUCUACUAG